GCGCUCUUCUUCUUUCAUAAUUGAAUUCUAGCCAUGUCUCAAAUAGCUCACGUCCAAGAGCUCACAAUCGGUUUUGAGCAAUAUCAUACCAACCUGGUGGCUGAUCUUCAACGUUGGGACAACGCAAUUGAUGGAACAAUAGCUAAUCGAGUCUUCCAAACGUUUUGUGCUCUCAAUAGAUUGCAUAUGAAUAUAGUCUUUAUCGAGCGUAGAAAAACCCUCGUUGAACGCAUGAGUAGCUUGCCCGCAGAUGCUCGAGCUGAGCUUCUGAGUGAGUACGAGAGACUCUUGGCCUUGAUGUAUCCAAUGCGCCAGUGGUAUGAGACCAUUCGAGAUGAUUACCGAGAUCUACAAACCGCCAGAAGCAAUGGAGAUUGGGAAACUGCCAGAGAGCUUGAGGAGGAGCUUGAUCUAGAGCCAGGACAUAUUUGAUUCACGAAUUGUGGAGGGAUAUAUGCGCAGAAAAAAACUACUUGAUGACGAAGUUGACGUGGCUCAGACACAUCAAGCUAAUGGAUGGAAAGAAGAUUACAACCAUACCACUCUUCAUGCUAGCAGUAUUUUGAGAGGGAGUCAGGGAUAUUGGGAUAUUGGAAGCAAGAACGA